AUGUUACAGGGGCAGACUGUUUUGUGUGACAAGGCUGUUAAGUUGACAAUAAGAUCUAGAUUAGGGUCCUUUGCUCGUACUAUGAAUUUUGUAGCUGUUGACAGGAUCACCCAGUCUCUGCCUUCUGCGUUUAUAGAUUUUGAUAACUGGAAGAUUCCAGAUCAUGUUGAUUUAGCGGACCCAAUGUUUAAUGUUCCAGGGUCAGUUGACAUGUUGAUAGGGGUGGAGUUAUAUUUCGAAGUGCUACAGCAAGGUUGCAUUCGUUUAGGGAACCACCUACCUAUUCUAAGAAAGAGCUGCUUUGGUUGGCUGAUCUCAGGGGUAUAUACUUCAAAAACUCAGGAAAAUGUGCAUGUUGGAUUUAUUUCUAAUGAAGAUCUGCAUAACAGUCUGACCAGGUUUUGGCAGUUGGAGGAGGUAUCCUCUAACUAUACAAUGACCGGGUCUGACAAGUUAUGUGAGGAUCAUUUUCUCUCUUAA